AUGACUCUCCAUCUCCAUCCUCAUCCCAGAAGGUUCCUCACCACCACCGACUCGCCGCCGGACUCCACUUCCCCCGAAUCCGCCGCCUCCGACUUCAUCGUCAUCCUCGCCGCUCUCCUCUGCGCCAUCGUCUGUCUGCUCGGCCUCAUAGCCGUCGCUCGCUGCGCCUGGAUUCGCCGCUUCUCCGGCAGAAUCACCGGGAAUUCACCUCCUCUACCUCAUCUCCAUCCAAACAAAGGCCUCACCAACAAAAUUCUCAAAAAAAUCCCCAAAAUCACGUACUCCGCCGAUGACGCCGGAAAGUACUUCGACUGCGCGAUUUGCUUGACGGAGUUCGUCGCCGGAGAUGUGCUCCGAGCGUUGCCGCAGUGCGGCCACGGAUUCCACGCCGGAUGUAUAGACACGUGGCUGAAAUCUCAUUCGUCGUGUCCGUCGUGUAGGAAGAUACUUGUGGAUAGUAGUUGCCGGAAAUGUAGUCAAUUGACGGCGGCGGAGAUGGAGAUCACAGUCGCCGGAGUUGACACGGCGGCGCCGAGACGAGAUGACACGUAUCGGUUCUUGCCUUAG